GCAACAUUAAUUCCAAACACGCCACCCUCUCACAACAUCGUUCCUAGACUCCUUUCCUCUCCUGCGCACACUUGCUCAUCCUGCCUUCAGCUCUAUCGGUAACCUCUCCUCGACGCGCAAGAUGGCCUCCUCCACCAGAUAUCAGCCCGCUCCUCAGCGCGACUCGUUCGACGAGCAAAACUACACUCAAGCCCCUCCAAACUACCAGGCUACAGGCCCUGGCCCUGAGCAGGGCAUCCUCGGCGCUCCCAGGACAGAAGACGACAAUGUGCCGGACGACUUCAAGUUCGGCGGCGUCGUCAUCGAAGCGACCAUCGACAUCCGAAUGUCCUUUAUCCGCAAAGUCUAUACCAUCCUGACCGUCCAGCUCCUUCUCACCGCGGCCCUGUCCAUGCUUUCGUUCUUCUCCAAGGGCUACAGAAACUGGAUCCAGUCCAACUCGUGGAUGAUGUGGGUGUCUUUGAUCGGGGCCAUCGGAUUCAUGCUCCUCACAUUCUGGAAGCGCAAGUCGUACCCGACAAACAUGAUCUUUCUGGCUGGCUUCACCGCGCUCGAGGCAUACAGCAUCAGUGUCAUCACGUCCUUUUUCGAAAGCCGUAUCGUGAUCGAAGCUCUCGUCCUCACUCUGGCCAUCUUCGUCUUCCUGACACUCUUUGCCUGCCAGAGCAAGUACGACUUCACCAGCUGGAUUCCCUACCUGUUUGGCGGUUUGUGGAUCCUGAUCAUCUUCGGAUUCAUGGCUGCCUUUUUCCCGCAUGGAUCUACGGUGGAGUUGGUCUACGGCGCGAUUGCGUCCUUGAUCUUCAGUGGCUACAUCCUCGUGGACACCCAGAUGGUCAUGAGACACUAUCACGUGGAGGAGGAGAUUGCAGCUUCCAUCAGCCUUUACCUCGACAUCCUCAAUUUGUUCCUCUCCAUCUUGAGGAUCUUGAACGCGACCCAGAACAACAACUAAGUUUUGGUGAAAGAUGCUGGGGCGACUAGCAAAGUCUCGGAGAUGUGUGUUGGAUCGGGAAAGUCGAAGGUUGGACUCGUUCCGGUAGGAUCGAUCGAAAUCGAGCCGUGCAAUCGCUCAUACAAAGGUGGUUUUACAAGGGAAUGCCAUUCGCAUUGAUCGGGAGAAAAUGUCGCCAAUUUAUAAUGGGGUGCCCGAACCCAGUUUUCUUUUCAGUCGAUCGUGUUCUGUGGAGUAUCAAGUGAGGUACUGGGGAAUCAAAACGGCAUUCUUGGGCGCGGCUUGGGAUCAUGUCGGGGGCCAACGCGGGCCAUAGUUUCGUUUGACUUAAUUAGAUCGUCUCAAUGGCAAGUGUCUGCAGAAUGCCGCAAUGAAGAUUCAAUUUGCAAGGAAGUAAUCAUGUUCAGACGAAGACAGUGGUAGUAGGGAAAGGAGGAGAGACACAGGAAACAGAACUAUUCCGGCGAUGCAGGUGGUCGCAUAUAUGCUCCCUGGCUGGCAGCCCAUUCUUGUGAACUAAACAAGUGAUACCUCGGUCGUCUGGAACAAAUAGUAAGUAGUCAAUACGUCGGCAUGGUAUGGUAUGAUAUGGUAUAGGAUAUAGACAUUAAACGC